CACGGACCAUCCAACUUUUUGGCGGGACCCGUGCCGGAUUGGCUCGGAAUUGGGUGACUUAUUUCUUGCGGGACUGCGUACACCACACACUAUGAGGAUAAAUGUCCUCAGGAAUUAUGUCUACUUAUCGCGUCAACCCUCGCACUCUGCUGCGCGUUUCCUGCUUGGGGAUUUUCUUGAUGGGCCCUGAUCCGUGCUCUGACGACAUUUGAUCAUUCCCUCUGACUUGAAUCAAUUUCUGAACAAUUCAAUCACCAAUUGCUACAUUACGCACGCGCAGCGAGCGCAGACAUCGCCAUGGCUUCCUUUUGUCGGGGGCUCUUCCAGCCCGGUCUCCAGCCACUGUUUCGACCAGCACAGUCCUUUAGCUCCCCACGAUCUAUACUACUUCGCGACAUCUUGAAAGCAAGACCUUCAGCACGAGCAUACGCUUCGAAAGCUAAAGUACCACCACAAGCACCGAAAUCCCAGCCAGCCAAGUCAAUACCUAAGGCACAGCCGGCAAGGACUGCUGCUCCUCCGCCCACGAGCUAUGGUCUGCUACGGACGCUGGCCGCGAAGUCGAAACCAACUGUCCUCUACGAGGGACCCUCCCACUUCUGGUUCAGGACGGCUUGCUGGACGUCGGGCCUGACCCUGAUUGCGUGGGCUGCGCUGACAGGGCCCUCCUGGUGGGUGCCGCAUCUGGAGGGCUUCGCGGCUUGGAUUAACUGGGUGUACAACAUCUCCUACAUCCUCUUUGCGGGCAUGGGCUUCUUCCUGAUCCUCAAGACAAGGGGGAUAGUGUCCAUGAUCCGACUUGUGCCCCAGACCAGCACGCAGACAGUGCGCGCUGCGCCUGUGGGCGCCGCCACCACGGGUCUGCCAGCAACCACCGCCUCCACGCCCAAGCUCGAGGUGUCCGUCAACAACAGCCUGCCAUUCCUGAAGCCCAAGAAGAUCGUCACGGACAUUGACAAAGUCUCGCUCAAGACGAGGUUCUCCCUCCCCAAGGAGAUGGUCCCUGAGCUGAGCAGGCAGCACGCUCUCGAGGCCGAGGAGAAGGCCAAGGCCUUGAAAAAGUACGACAUGGAGCAUCUCUUCACCAUGCCGUUCCGCAAGAUUGGCCGUGGCUUCUCUGGUUUCUUCCGGGCCACGAGGUCGGCUUGGACGGACAUGGGCUACGGGGUGAUCAACGUGGACGGCAAGCAGUACAGGGUCAACAUCGAGAGGGGAUUUGCGCUGGAUGGCUUCAAGACACUUGAGAGGCUCGUGCCUGUCAAGAAGGAAGCGUAAUGCAGCAGGCAGGACUAUGUCCACCUGUGAAAUCAAUAUGUACCAUUCAAGCAAUGUAGACAAGAUGUACGCACUUACAGAAAUAAUAUAGGCGAAAUUAGCUGCCAGGCUUUUGGUUUCCAUAGUACCCUUCUCGUUUGAUGAUUUUGAGGGGUAAUGACCAUUGUCUUCUGGAAAUCAAGUCUGCUGUACGGGUCUUCUCGCCUCGCGAAACAAGAGGCUCGCAUUCAACGGGCAUGUCACUCAUGUACGGAACUCAUCCAUCUUCAUCGCAAACCAGCAGCACGAUCCUGCUCGUGAUGGGAAGAGUCUUUUGGUAAAUAUCGGUGUGCCGCAUCGCUUUCACAAGAUAGCCAUAGUAUUCUCGAUUACCGCGUCCGAGACGAUCAAGAACACAGCACUAGCACCAGAUCCAACCACUCCAUCCUCGCCUCACCCAAGAACCCCCCCCCCCCCCC